GACACGUGUCCCACUCUCUCUCCCUCUCCUCUCUCUCUCUCUAGUUUCAGUGAAGCUCUGCAGUUGCCAUCGGAGAGGUUACCAAAUAAGCUUUCGCUUAUGCUUUCCUCCUUUUUCGCUCUCGAUUUCCCCAUCUUUCCUUCUCUUUCUCUUCACUAUUCCUUUUUCUCUGCCUAAUUUUUCGAAACCCCUUUUGUUUUUCUUUCGAUUCAAUUUCGAGUUGGACCGAGCAAUCCGUACUCUUCCCCCCUUUCCCUUCGCUUCACCACUAAUUCAAUCUCUAUCUUGUUCAUAUCCUCAUCUUUUUUUCUAUUUCCUUCUCUCUUUUUUAGGGUACUGGCAUUCCGCUGUUUUUGGAUUUUCUGGGUUCUUUUUUUUGUUCUGUUUCUGGGUUGUUUCUUUUAAUGCUUGCUUUCUGGAGUUGAAAUCGGUAACUGGGUCGAUUUUUGUUUUGGGCUUUUCCAUUUUUUAUCUGGGUUUCUGCCGUCAUGAGUGCUGGAGGUGGGAAUCGCUUAAUCUCCGUUCAACCGGAUGAGCUUAAGUUUCAGAUUGAGUUUGAAAAGCAGAGCUUUUGUGAUCUUAAAGUAGCAAACAACACGGAACAUCAUGUUGCCUUUAAGGUCAAAACGACCUCACCCAAGAAAUACUUUGUGCGUCCCAACACUGGUGUUGUUCAGCCUUGGGAUUCUUGCAUCAUAAGAGUGACUCUCCAAGCCCAGCGAGAGUAUCCUGCAGAUAUGCAAUGCAAGGAUAAGUUUCUCCUACAAAGUACAAUAGUCCCACCAAAUACUGAUGUAGAUGAGCUUCCUUCUGAUGCUUUCAAUAAGGACAGUGGAAGGACAAUUGAGGAAUGCAAGCUUAAGGUUAUCUAUAUUUCUCCUGCAUCAGCCUUGGGGAACUCAGAAGAUGAAAAGAACUCAUCUCAAAGCUCCUCGGCUGUACAACGUCUGAAGGAAGAAAGAGACAUGGCUAUAAGGCAAACCCAUCAAUUACAACAGGAACUGGACAUGAUGAAGAGACGAAAAUAUCGGAAAGGCGAUCCUGGCUUCUCGUUUACUUUCGCGAUCUUCGUGGGGAUCGUUGGGAUCAUGGCAGGUUUCCUCUUGAAUCUCACAUUAUCUUCACCAUCUACGGAAUGACUUGGACCAUGUUUCAGAUCCUGAGCAGACAAAUUUCUAGUCAAUUUCAUUGUAUAAUUUUUACUUGCCAAUUUUUGUACAUUAAGAAACGCUGCAAAUUUGUGGUCUUGAUACCUUAAUUUUUCCAAAAUGUUGAUUUUUGUGCCAAUUGACUGUGAAUGUUGCUGGCGAUCUCUUCUGAAUCCUCCUUCAAAACUGAGGUUCAGAGAAGUUAAGUUUUAGUUCAUAUCUUUUAUAUAACUAAAUUCUAUGAUGUUUCUUUUAAAAUGUAAUUUCUGUAUGUAAUAUGAAUUUGUUGAAUACAUAUUCAUCAAGAUGGAGAUUUGAUCCUAAAA